UUGGGUUUCAAUUCCAAACAUGGUUAUCCUUGUAGGGCUCCAUCGACGCCCCCCGCCUCCCGUCUCCUAUCUCCUCCAGCUGCUGGCUGCACAGUGCAGGCCGGCGGCUCAAAGAAACAGGCUGAAAGAGCUCCGCGACAAAGACGACAAGAGGAAGGCGGAGGAAGAAGAAGAAGAAGCCCAUUCCAGCUGUGUUUAGCCGAGCCGUGAGAACUUUGUGUCACUGAGGAAUCUUCCACCGCAGGCCAAGCGAACAAACACUCAGCAGCUGUUUAUUUGUGGCAGAAACAGUUUAUUUUUUGGCUGUUUUCACUUCUCUCGAGUUCUAAACAUGAGCGCAGGAAACUGGACUCUGCUGGACAGUUUGUUCUCUCCGCCGCUCUGCGAUGGCUGGACCAACAACACCGAAGGGGCCAUCUACCAUCUGGGCAACACCUUCAUGUUCCUGGGCUACAUGGGGGGCAGCGGCGCCUACGGGUGCCUCUUCAUCUUCGGCUUCCUGUCGCCGGCCUUCGUCUGCCUCACCCUGUGGGGCUGGUUGACCAUGUGCGGCCUGGACGUCUUCACCUGGAACCUGAUCCUGCUGCUGGUCUGCUUCCUGCAGAUCUGCCACCUGCUGUACCGGCUGCACCAGGAGGGAAUCCGCGGCGAGGAGCUCACCGGCCUGUACCGGGCCGUCUACCUGCCGCUGGGCGUCCCCGUCCAGGUGUUCAAGGAGAUCUCUAAAGCCUUUGACAACAAGGUGGUGGAGCUGAAGGCCGGGGAGACGUACGCCGUGGAGGGCAAGACGCCCAUCGACCAGCUCGCCUUCCUGCUGUCCGGCAGGAUAAAUGUGUCUCUGGAGGGUCAGUUCCUGCAUUACAUCCACCGACACCAGUUCCUCGACUCUCCGGAGUGGGAGUCUCUCCGGCCGAACGAGGAGGGAAAGUUCCAGGUGACCCUGACGGCGGAGGAAGACUCCCGCUACAUCUCGUGGCGUCGCCGCCGCCUCUACAUGCUCAUAUCGAAGGAGCGCUACAUCGCCCGCCUCUUCUCCGUCAUGCUGGGAUACGACAUCGCCGAGAAGCUCUACAACCUCAACAACAAGCUCUACAUCAAGAGCGGCGUCCUGCUGGACAUCCGCCUGCCGAGCCUCUACCACGUCCUGGCGCCCUCGUCGCAGGGCAGCGAGGGCGGCAGCGGCAGCGACGGCGGCGUCCCCAGGGAACACCACGACCAAGAACCGGCGCCGGCCUACCAGACGUCCGAUCCGGUUCGGUCCGAGCCCCUCCGGCCGCCCCUGCAGGCACCGAGGAAGGUGGCCCUGGACGAACCCCUGCAGGCCGCCCAGCCAGAGCGCUACCAGCCCCACCCCUGGGCGUCCGAGCCGGAGCUGCCCUCUGGUGAGGACUCCACCAGCCUGGUCCUGGACGACUUUGCUGAUGUGGCGGGCUCCCUAAUGGAUUAUGGCAGUGAGAGGGAUUAUUUGAGGUAGAGGGUGCAGGGUUCUGGAGCUAACACACUGGGUCACCGUUAAGCUACAUGUAAGUACCUCAC